AUGUUUAAAAAAGAAUUGAGAGAAGCAUUGACAAAGAGACGUGAAGAAUUAGAUACUUGUGAGAUUGAAGCUCGCCAUAGACAAUACCUUAUUGAUCGUUGGUUGCGAAAUGGUGGGGAUUUAUUACUUUCUUCUACUGGUGCAUCUUCAUUGCCUAUUCGCCCAUCCGAACUAGAUUCAAUACCAAACGUUGUAAAAUGUUCUUUACCUAAAGAUUUAAUUGCUGGUGCUAGAGUUGUCCCUUCAACAUUAAAAAAACAACAAAAAACUGCCAUUCCUCAUUAUGGUUUGCCUUCAACAUCAGAACAACAUCAAAGGAUAGGUAUUUCUCAUUCAGUUGCAUGCCAAGCUAAUGUUGAGGACUCAUCUUCACUUCCAACUUUUUCAACUACUACAUUAUCUAAUCAAACUCAAAAGAAAUUUAUUUCAAAAGAUUAUGGAUCAAAUACUAAACGAGAAGAAAUUAAUAAAAGAUUACAACAACAAAUGAUAAAAAGAUCAAUUGAUGCCAGAGAUGCCUGUACCCAGACCGCACUCUGUGCCGAAACCCAAACAGAUCCAUCUGUAGAAAUUGAUGAUGCUGUUAAUGGCUUAUCUGGACAGGAACGGAUGUGGACAUCUGAGGAAAAACUUCGCCGGUAUUCUAAUUUUCUCUCUUUGUUCCUUGAAUUUAAGAAACACUUGUACUUCCCCCUUCUUUUGAUUUCCUUAUUUAUUAGACAAUUAUUAUUAAGGGUUUGGCCUCCACCCUACUCUGGUGCCCAUAAACUACAACAACCAAUGUCAGAUGAUCCCUCAUCUCGGCGUUACUUAUCUUCUACAAGUGUUGACUGGUCUCAACAACGUUCUCACCCUUAUCAGCCUUGGCAGCGAUAUAGAGAAAAUAAUAGGCUUGGCCGUUUCCAUCUGACAGAUUCCGACACCCAAAGCGAAAGAGUUCGGAAAGAACGUUGUGUACGUGCUGAGUUAGAACAACGAAGAAAACAAUACUUCAAUUCGCUAGGCGAUCUACGUUACAAUGAUUUAACGACAACCAAACAAAUAUACUGGCCUCAAUAUCAACAAGAAUUUAUACCUAAAUUUCCUUCCCACCCGCCUUCUCAGCCUUCUCAGCCUUUUCCUCAACAACAAUUCCAACCUUCGUUUAACAGCACCAACUCUUUGCCUAGAGGCUGGCCUGAAAGUGGAGGUCUUUUAUCAAUGCCUUCUUCUUAUCAGCGUCCCCCUCACGAUCGUUCUCGAUACACUUAUGGUUCAUUACCGAGAGAUUAUGAGCGACGAUUGACUUCCUCAUUUGCUCCAAAAGAACAACAACAAUUGCAUAAACAAUAUUUACUACAGCAACAACAACCGCCUUCAGUUUAUGGUUCCUAUUCUCUUCAAGAUCUUGAUAGUUCCAAUAAUUAUCCUGGGGAGUUUUCUGAUAGUUUUGGAAGAGAACAACUUUACAGUCAACGACUUGAUAGUCAAUUUGAUGCUAUACAAAAUGUUGGAAGACAACAAAGACCUCCCUAUUGGCAACCAAGUCGCUCACUAAAUCAAUUGAACCACUCGUUUGUUGACGAUUUUCAAAUGAGCGGUUUUCAAAGACCUCCAAAAAAACAAACAGAUUUUCUUGAUAUUCAACCAUCUACCAGUCAAUUUAUUGAUGGAAACUUUUCACAUAUUCGAAAAUCUCCAGCUUCAAACGAAUUAUUAUCAGAAUAUGCCAACUUUUUGAAUAAUCGUUUCAUUGAACAGCAACGACAACAGAGAAUAGCUGAUGAGAGGGAAAGAGAAAGGCAACAACCUUUACAACGACCUUUUGGUGGGCAAGAUUAUGCUGGAAUUCCCGGAUAUAGAGACAACUUACCUCCAUAUAAUGACUAUUUUGAUGUUCAACGACAAAUGCAAUACUUCCCUGAUACUCAACAACAAUAUCAUCAACGUCAACCAAAUUUAUGGCAAAUUCCUUCAGGAUUUGCAUAUGAAGAUCAACAACAACAACCUUUUGUUUAUAGCAGAAAUGAGACAAAUUAUGGAGCAAGGCCUCCACCUACACCAGAAUAUGGAAAUUUUGCUUGGCGAGAACAACCUUCUUUUUAUCGCCAACCUUAUGGAGUAGAUAAUAGUUAUUAUUGUGGAUACCCUUCACAUCAACAAGUACUGCAACCACAACAACAGCAACAACAGUUUGGCACAAAUUGGCUGAAUAAUGAUUUAAUGUCCAACAGAAUAAUGCCUCCAAAUUAUAGAAUUCCACAAACUCAACAAUAUACCCAACAACAAUUUCCAUCUUCUUCACUUUCACAGCCUUUUAAUAAACACCAUCAACAACAUCAAAGUCGUAGUUUACCUCCAAGCAUUUUAAGAAAAAGGCAACCUCCUUUACGCAGUGCUGAUGAGAGUUGGCCAAAUGAAUUAUCAAAUGAAUGGCCACAAAAUAUUAGGGAAAUUAAUAAAAUGACAACAGGUAGAUAG